GCGUCUUGGCCGACAAAUUUCUGGGGAAGCGUGCGCAUCGUGAAUCGACACAUCGUUUGUGCCGAGCGUCAAUCUGGGAGCAAUGGCCAUGUCACUGCGAGCUGCGCGCCUUCUGAGUCGCCGAGCGGCUGUUCUGCCAUCGAGCAUCCGCCUUUCACGCGUCGCGACGCAAUCGUCUCGUCUCAACUUCGCCCCUCGCGCGUUCAGCACGACAGCCACCCGCUACGACGCUCCCGACGUCUUCCACUCGCUGAAGGAGGGCCCGGCAGCGAACUUCCUCGGCACCUUCCAGGAGACACCGAAGACACCACAGACCCUGACCGAGAAGAUUGUCCAGCGCCAUGCCAUCGGCGUCGCAGAGGGCAAGGUCGUCCGCUCGGGCGACUAUGUCACUCUCCAGCCUGCGAAGUGCAUGACACACGACAACUCAUGGCCUGUUGCGCUCAAGUUCAUGUCUAUCGGCGCCACCAAGAUCAACGACCCCAAGCAAAUCGUCAUGACCCUCGACCACGACGUCCAGAACAAGACGGAGAAGAACCUGAAGAAGUACAGUCAGAUCGAAGAGUUCGCCGGAAAGAACGAUGUCGUCUUCUACGGUGCUGGGCGCGGUAUCGGUCACCAGAUCAUGGUUGAAGAGGGCUACGCAUGGCCAGGCACGCUUGCUGUGGCCUCGGACAGUCACUCGAACAUGUACGGCGGCAUUGGAUGUCUCGGCACACCUGUGGUCCGCACGGAUGCUGCUAGUAUCUGGGCAACUGGCAAGACCUGGUGGCAGGUACCUCCCGUUGCAAAGGUCACCCUGAGCGGCACCAUGCCCAAGGGUGUCACCGGAAAGGAUGUCAUCGUUGCUCUCGCUGGCCUUUUCAACAACGAUGAAGUCCUCAACCACGCCAUCGAGUUCACCGGGACUGAUGACACCCUCCGCACUAUUCCCGUCGACGACCGCCUGACCAUUGCCAACAUGACUACCGAGUGGGGUGCUCUGACCGGUCUUUUCCCCAUCGACUCCGUCCUCCACGGCUGGCUGCGAGCCCGUGCUACUCUGGCCGCUAUGGGCGAGGGCGACGUCAAAGAUCACCACCAGAAGCAGUUCGUCCACGAGCGUAUCGACGAGCUCUUCACCGCUACCGGCAUCGUUGGGCAACAGCUCGGUCACAUCUGGAAGCCUGCUUUGGCUGCAGACAAGGGCGCCGUAUACGCCAAGGAGCUCUUCCUCGACUUGUCCACCCUGUCGCCCUACGUCUCUGGCCCCAACUCAGUCAAGAUUGCCACCCCCCUCAUCGAGCUCCAGAACCAGGACAUCAAGGUCAACAAGGCGUACCUUGUCUCUUGCACCAACUCUCGCGCAUCUGAUCUCGCGGCUGCUGCCAGGGUUUUCAAGGAGGCUGCUGAAGCCAACGGCGGCAAGGUUCCCAAGCUUCCCGAACACGUCAACUUCUACAUUGCCGCUGCGUCGAUCCCAGAACAGAAGGCUGCAGAGGAGUCUGGUGACUGGCAGACCCUCCUUGAGGCCGGUGCUCAGCCUCUGCCCUCUGGAUGCGGUCCUUGCAUCGGCCUCGGCACAGGUCUCCUCGAGCCAGGUGAGGUCGGCAUCAGCGCCAGCAACCGCAAUUUCAAGGGCCGCAUGGGCUCUCCCGAUGCCAAGGCGUAUCUCGCCAGCCCUGAAGUCGUCGCCGCCAGCGCGCUCUCCGGCAAGAUCUCCGGCCCUGGGUGGUACGAAGCCCCCGAAGGCUACACCGGCGUGCGCCGCGGCGAGGGCGACGGAAUUCCCGAAGAGGAGCGCAUGAUGACCAUCGAGGACAUGAUCGAGAAGGCCAUCAAAGACGCAGAAGCCGCCGCCGCCUCGUUCGGCGAGCCCGAGAACCCCACAGUCUCCGAGCCCGCCCCAUCUUCUUCAGCCGCGGAGACACUCACCGAGAUCCUGCCCGGCUUCCCCGAGAAAAUCGCGGGUGAAAUCGUCUUCUGCGACGCAGACAACAUCAACACCGACGGCAUCUACCCGGGCAAAUACACCUACCAGGACGACGUGACGCGCGAGAAGAUGGCCGAGGUGUGCAUGGAGAACUACGACCCCUCGUUCGGCCAGACCGCAAAGGCAGGCGACGUGCUGGUCACAGGCUUCAACUUCGGCUGCGGCAGCAGCCGCGAGCAGGCCGCGACUGCGAUCCUGGCCAAGGGCAUUCCGCUCGUGGUCGCGGGCAGCUUCGGCAACAUCUUCAGCAGGAAUAGCAUCAACAAUGCGCUGAUGGGUGUCGAGGUGCCCAGGCUGGCGAACAGGCUGAGGGAAGUGUUUUCUGGCACGACCGUCGAGGCGAGCCAGCAUGCUGUCAAGGAACCCAGCCACAACAGCCAAUCGCUGGACUCGCCGCCGCCGGCUGCUACUGCGCAGCCCGCGGAGGCUAAGCAGCUCACUCGCAGGACUGGCUGGACUCUUGAGUGGGACGUUCGCAGGAGCACUGUCAAUGUCCAGGAGGGUCCCAAUGGCGCCGAGUGGAGCGUCAAGGUCGGCGAGCUCCCUCCCAACGUGCAGGAGAUCAUCGCUCUUGGUGGCCUUGAGAACUGGGUUAGGAAGGAGAUUGGCGGCACUGUUUGAAUGCUGUACGAUCUGUGUAUACCCAUUUAGAUACAUUGCAUGGGCCGGCGUUCGUUUUGCGAAGUCUUGUAUUGUACAUGUUCGUUCCCUUUUUCAAAAGUUGGUCUGGCGCAUCGUUCCGUUCUGUGUGCGCUCGAUCGUAGAGAGCACAUUGAAUCUAUGUAUGAAAGUGUCCCUCGCCCGGAGUCCCGCCGCCGUCUG